UCUGAAAUAAGUGUUUGGGUUUGAGUUCCUGGACUCCUGCUUGCUGCCGUACAAAGAGCCACCAUGUCAAAGAUUUUGGAAUUAGCGGGCAUUUAUCUUGGAUUCAUUGGAUUCAUCGGUGCACUAGUAACAUGCGUCUUGCCUCAGUGGAAGAUGACGGCUUACAUAGAAGACAAAACUAUCUCUCCUCAGGCCAACUGGGAUGGCUUAUGGAUGAGCUGUAUGGUGGAGAGCACAGGCCCGAUGGAGUGCCACUUCUAUAAUUCUAUCCUGAAAAUACCUUCUGACCUGCAGGCCUCCAGAGCAAUGACAGUCAUGGCCAUUAUAGCGGCACUACUAGGGGUGCUGAUCUCUAUUGUUGAAGCCAAAUGUAUUGAAGAGGAAGCAGCCAAAGCCAAAGUGAUGAUCGUUUCUGGGAUCUUGUUCAUCCUCGCCGGCCUUCUGGUCUUGAUCCCCGUCUCCUGGAGUGCCAACACCGUUAUGCAGGAUUUUUACAACCCAAUGCUGAAGGAUUCUGAGAAGAGGGAGAUUGGAACAUCUCUCUACAUUGGCUGGGCAUCAGCUGGACUUCUUCUGCUUGGAGGGACUUUGCUGUGCAACAGGUGUCCACCAAAAGAGGAGAAAUACAAACCAAGGAGAACGGCCUACUCUGCACCAAACAAAGUCAGCACAAGUGGAGGACAUGACAAGAAGGACUAUGUUUAA